UCGUUUUUUCAUAGAGUGCUUAUGUUUUCGAAAAUGAAGUUCAGUCUCUAUUUUCUAUUGUGUUACAGUGCGUUCUACGCAGGAGCAAGAAAGAACUCUUCCGAAAAUGUCAUCCUAACCAUACCGACGGCAGAAGAAAUUUUGGGAACCGCGCUGGAGAAGCUACUCGGCAGGCUUGACUCUAUGGACCGUAAGCUGUUGGAACUUCAAAAUGAGCUAACCAAACAUAGCAAAGAGGUGAAAAAGAAUCGAGUUUUCCACGAAAACGCUAUUCAUCGCUUGGAGCUUGACGUCGGUACAAACUUGAGCGUCAUCCUUGACCAACAGACGACUUGCGCGAAUCAUUUAUCGUAUGAAGCUUUGGAACAGGCGUGGCUUUUCUUCAAAUCACGUACCGCGGAUUGUGUCAGUAUUACUUCAACAACAUCUCCAGCAACUACAACUACUACUACUACUACUACUACCACUACACCAAGAACGACAACUACAACAUCACAGCCUACAACAACCCUGGAUCCCAUGUCACCUUCCUAUACAUCGUGCAAGAACGUUCCAACUAAAGUGUCGGGAAUCUAUAUCAUUCAACUAAACAAAGGUGAACGAUUUAAUGUGUUUUGCGAGCAGACAAACUUUGGAGGAGGAUGGAUCGUUGUGCAACAUCGGUUCGAUGGCACAAUUGAUUUUAACCAAAAUUGGACACAAUACCGAGACGGUUUUGGAGUCUUGGAUAAAGAAUUUUGGCUGGGGCUGGAAAAAGUUCACCAGCUCACAACGGCUCGAACCCAUGAGCUGAUAGUGGAAGUGAAGGACUUUAGUGGCAACUACGGGUACGCCCGCUACGGUGCAUUCCAAGUAGGCAGUGAAAGUGAGCAAUACGUCCUUAAAUCCCUGGGAUCGUACAGUGGCACUGCAGGCGACUCAUUGACGAGAAGCCACAAGGGGGCAAAAUUCUCAACGAUCGAUCGGGACAAUGACCCGACACCCGAUUUCCAGUUUGCUGUUUACAACCACGGUGCCUGGUGGUACGGUGACGCUAAUGCAUCAAAUUUGAACGGACCAUACAAAAAUUCUUUCGAGAAGGAAUCGAUUUGGUGGUGGACUUUCAAAAACAAAUAUCAAGGAUUAAGCUACACCAGGAUGAUGAUUCGUGAAUUAUGAAAUUCUGGUCGCAGUAAUCGUGGUGAUUGGUAAACAAUUAAAGUGCAAUGUUUGUUUAAAAAUUAUAUACAUAUCAAUA